AUGACUGCCGAAGACCCAACGAUGCGAUCGUUCAAUGCUGACAGCCAACUGCUUUCAGAUACUGAUCGGAACGCUUCUAUGCAUACCUCUUCGAAAUUGUACAAACCGCUGUCCUCGGACAUGCUAUUUUACUACGAGAGACUACUUCCCUUCAAGCAGAUUUUCAGAUGGUUGAGUCACUCGCCCAAAGCCACGCGUGAGUUCACCAUGCGUGAGUUCGCGUACGAGUUCCGGUCUGGUGCUUAUCAGCGGUACAACUCGUUUGCAUCUGUGGAUGAAUUCAAGAAAUCGGUAGUAGCAGCUAAUCCGACGCGUUUUGAAGUUGGAGCGGUAUACGCAGUGAAUCCGAAGGAGCGCAAAAACUUGCCGAAGUCGGCUAUGAAGCCGCUCCAGAAGGAGUUGGUGUUUGACAUCGAUUUGACCGAUUAUGAUGAAAUCAGAACAUGCUGCCUGAAGACAGACAUAUGUAAGAAAUGUUGGCGAUUUAUCCAGGUUGCUGCUGAGAUCAUAACUGCGGCGCUCCGGGAGGACUUUGGUUUUGAGCACUUUAUUUGGGUGUUUUCUGGUAGAAGAGGUGCCCAUUGUUGGGUGAGCGACAGUAGAGCGCGGCUGUUGGAUGAGCUGGCGCGCAAAUCGAUUGUAGAGUAUAUGGAUGUCUUAAGUGGGCGAAUGCUGAAAAUGGGCCGGACCUCACUUGGAAUUAAGAAACCCUACCACCCUCAUAUCGAGCGGUCGUUCGAUGUGUUAAAAGAUAAGUUCUCCGAGAUUAUCUUAGAGGAACAGAAUCCCUGGGCUACUAGUGCAGGGUCGGAUACCAAUUGGGAUCACGUAGAUACCCUACUAUCGUUUCUUCCAGACCAGGGUCUCCGACAGGCAUUAAAGAGCAAAUGGCAGGAUCAGGCCUCGUACUCGUCAUCAAAACAGAAAUGGGACGAUUUAACGAGCGUUGGCCAGAAGGUUCUCAAGCAUCAGUCGCAGGCCGUCCAAUUGACUGAUGCCAAAAAGGAAAUCAUCAUUUAUUACAUGUAUCCUAGAUUGGAUGUGGAAGUGUCCAAACAAAUGAUUCAUUUGUUGAAGUCUCCAUUUUGUAUUCAUCCGGGAACUGGAAAUGUAUGUGUUCCGUUUGAUCCUUUUAGAAACCUCUCAAGUGAUAUGGAAGAUGAUGCUUAUGGUUUCAACCCAGUGAACGCACCAAAUUUGAGCCAGCUUCAAACCGAGAUUGAUACUUGGGAUGCAAAUAGUGCGUACAAGGCUCCUUCGGAAUCCUCUGAAUCUGAGGCCAUAUCAGAUUAUGCCAAAUCUUCUCUCAAGCCUUAUGUUGAUUACUUCAGCACCUAUGUGAGCUCAAUAAUUAAGGACGAGCUUACCGGUAGUAACAAAAGAGCACAGGACCUGAUGGACUUUUAA